CGGCCCGUGUUGGUUCCAGCUGACAGACGGGGAGAGAGAACCAGAGAGCGACGAAAAUAGAGAGCAGUGUGUGAGUGUGCGCGUGCGCGCGUGUGUGUGAAGGAGCGAGAGAGGGAGGGAGCGCGAGAGAGGGAGGAAAAUAAGAGCCAUUAUCUAUCUGACUCUCAUACUACUGGAUUUUAUUAUUUUUUGAGGGGGAUCUCUUUUUUCCUUUCAUCUGCUAUUAUUUCGCUCAUAUUUAACCUGUAUUUCUUUGGUCUUGGUGACUUCCCACCGCCGCGUUUCGACUCUGUUCUGCUCUUUCUAAUCCCCUUUCCUCGUUUUUUUUCCAAACUGACAGUCGCCUUUAUUUCUGCUUUGACUGUCAUUGAUUUUGUUAGUUGCUCCCUCUCUGGUGACAUUCUCGCCUGACAACCGACCGCCGGACUUGACCCGUCGGUGAACCGCCGUUUCAUUCCCACGAUCUCAAGCGAUUGAUUCAGCUCUUAAUUGUCCUCCAGUUCGUGUUUAUUAAGUGCAGAGUUGAGUUUGUUUAAAAAGAGAAGCGGUGACAACAACUCCUGAAGGCUCAGACUGUCUGAAAGGAUGAAUUAGAACCGGUCUGGAUGCUGACAUUUCGGAGAUAAGCCCCCCAGCCUUUUUCUUUCUUUCUUUUUUUUCUUUUGCUUUAAUUUUUUUGCACAUUUUCCUGCAUGGGACAAGCGGAAAGCGGACCAUCAGGUGGACAUCUUGACCGCACACAGGCGUCACCUGUCCGCGCACCUUUUGACGGCGGGCCUGUCUGAUACUAUCACUAAGUGGAUUAUUUUGAUCUUGAACUUACACUCUGCAGGUUGCUCUACUCCGCCCCCCUCACCCCCCCCUCUUUCCUCCUCCCUAGAAGUUAUGUCAAGGCCUCUCACCCAGCUCCUGCCGCCGGAUCUCCCUGCCGGGGCCACUAGCCCGCAAUUUGGGGCCAGCAACCCAGCUGGAACUGGUCCCCAAAGUGGACAUUUGACCUCUAUGACCAACUUGAAGUCUCUGCUACAACUGCCAAUCAAGGCCGACCAGAGAAGCCCCAAGGACUGUUGCGAGAUGAAGGACAAAGAUAAGCCCCUGGAUUGUGAUGAAGACUCUUUAGGUGUCAACGCCGGAGGGCCUGGUGGGGUGGGAGGAACCCCAGGCUCUGGAUCGCUGCGACCCAACUCCCAGUCAGCCUUCUUGGGCCCACUGCUGUGGGAGCGGACCCUGCCAUGUGAUGGAGGCCUAUUCCAGCUGCAGUACAUGGACCUGGAGGAGUUCUUGACUGAGAAUGGGAUGGGGAUGCACAGCAACGGACCGAGCUCGGCCAGUGCCCAGAUACCCUCCCAGAGUUCCCAGUCUGCUGUGCCCAACCAGAGUUCCCAGUGUCCUCCUGCAUCUCCUCCACCCUGUUCCUCCUCUUCAUCCUCCAUGUCCUCUUCAUCCUCCUCUUCCUCUCUUCUUGGAUUGGAGACCGUCCAGCCACAGCCGCCGCCCCCUCAACAGCAGCAAAACAUGAUGGGAGGACCUGAGUGUCUACAUGGUGGACAGGCAGUGCCUCAGGACCCACUACCUUCCUCCACCUGCCCUCCAGGGCCCCCCGGACAACCUGCGGUCGCGAACGGCAACAGCGACGUCAUGGUGAACUUUGAUCCUGAUCCAGCAGACCUGGCGUUGUCCAGCGUGCCGGGACAGGAAGCAUUUGAUCCACGGCGGCAUUGCUUUACAGAUGAGGAGCUAAAACCUCAGCCGAUGAUCAAGAAGGCUCGCAAGAUGCUGGUCCCGGAUGAGCAGAAGGAUGAAAAGUACUGGAGCCGGCGUGUGAAGAACAACGAGGCGGCGAAGCGCUCGCGGGAUGCCCGGCGGCUGAAGGAGAACCAGAUCUCGGUUCGCGCCGCCUUUCUGGAGCGGGAGAACGCCGCCCUUCGCCAGGAGGUGGCUGACAUGAGGAAAGAGCUGGGUCGUUGCAGGAACAUCAUCAACAAGUACGAGAGCCGGCACGGAGACUUGUGAGGCGGAAAGAGACGGAAGAAGAUGAAGGAAGAAAGGGGCGGGUGGGGAAGAGGAGAUUAGAGAAGGGUACAAGGCAACCCAUCAACAGCAGCACUUUAGUUGAAGUGGUGAGGGAGAAGGCUGGUGUAGAUCUGCAGUAAGCACUGUGUGACACCGGGCGCAAGUACAAGUGUGUUCAGAGUGUUUUAGUGCGUGCGCUGUGCUUCAGGAUGUCAUGACAGGAAAGCACAGUGGCGCCAUCUUUUUUUCCUAGUUUGACUCUCUUUGUACCUGCUGCUUUGCUGAAUCCACACGACGUACUGUACCAUCACCUUGCGACACCUCGGCAGCUUCCAUCACCCUCGGUGCUGUGCUUACGCCCGAUGUCGCACGGCGUUUUUUGCAGGUAGUGCGUUCCGGCCGCUGCUCUAGCCAGUUUAAACAGGGUGUUGAAUUCACAAUAUACCAGUGAAAUCUCACUUUUUAAGCUCAAGGCAUGGACACAAGCCAGGAGAGGUCAGAUAUGUGAUUUUUUUUCUAUGAAUAGGACAAAAAAACAUGUAUAUUUUUGAACUUGGCAGGAAGGCAAGACUAGUCCAGCAAAGAGGAGGAGAAGGAGGAGGAAGUAGGUUUUCAUCCAUAUUGCAAAGAGAUUUUGACAAAGGAUUAUUGUAUAUUUUUCUAUUAGCAAAUAUAUUUAGGAGGAGGAUUUUGGAGAUAAUCUUUUGUAUAUUUUAUAUAAGGGGUUAGGGAUGGGUUGUUAGCUGGACAGUCACGGGGCCACAUGAUAAAGCGCUUUUUCUCUUAGCUGUUUAAUGCUAAAAAACAAUCUAUUUUCAAUGUUACAGAGCUGGUUAGUUGGAGCUGGGGUGUAACAGAGAAUGUAUCACGGUUGAAUCAGGUAUUUCACACAGUGCGAGACAAGGCGAGGUAUCUUAGUAACGAUUGUUUUCUGUUUCGAAGGGAGCGAAGGUGCGCUAGAAAGAAGAAACAAAAACUGUAUAGUUUUAAGAAUUUUUUUUGUUUGCUUUCCUUGUGAGCUUGUUUAAACACUUCAGUUCUUAUCUUCUAUUUGAUUCCUGUCCAACUUUAACUAUUAAUAGAGUUUUUGUUUUAUGAAGGUGAAGGGGAAAAACAGAAAAACAGGAAGUAAUUAGCCAUCAGAACAGCUGGGUAUGAGCAGAUGUUUGAGAAUUACAAAGCAAAAAGGAAAGCAGCAGCAUUCGCUGGAAAGUUUGGAUUUGAUUUGGUGAGUGUGUCCUGCUCACACAUACUCUCUAUUUACUCCUCGAUCUGUUCCAGGAAGUGCAAAACUGUGACACUAACUGGCUUUAGAGUUGAUUUGCUGAGAUCGAACAGUGACUGAAACCUUCAGCAAGCAGACACAAACACAGACACGCACAGUCCUCUCCAUGGUUCUAACCCUUAUUGUUGUUGUUGAUGUUGUUAUGGACUUUUAUGGUGCUGAUCUGAUCUGAUCCUCCACCUGACACACAAACUCGCAAACAAGAAGACAAAAAUCAAACUCACACACAUGCAAACUUUCACCUCAAACACAAUACUGAACUGCCUAUACCAUUUCUUUGUCUUUUAUUCCUUUUUUAGUUUAUUUUUCUUUCUUUUGUUGCAUAUUGUAUUGAUGAAUUAUAAAUAGAUUUACACACAAACACUUGUCUAUACCUCUCCUUCAAACUUUACCCACAGUGAGAAAGAGAAAUGCACCCUACUGCUACUGUACCAUACAACUGUACUAUUGAAUAUUAAAGUAUUCUCUCACUAGAUAUAUAUAUAUAUAUAUAUAUACAUAUAUUAUAUAUAUAUAUGUGUAAAUGAUAUAUGCUUGAAAUAUGUGAUUAUAGUUGUAACAUACAUAAUUGAAUAUAUUCCUGAAAAACCCGCUGAAAUUAUUUUGUCAGUUUUCUCUCAGGUGUUUUUGUCUGAGGUAUUAAAUAUGCAUAUUAAUAAAAAAAAAUACACGCACAAAAAAACAAAAAAAACUUUGAUCCAGUUCCAAAAUUUGUGGUUUGAUCUGAUUUAUUUUGUUAGAUGGACGUUUUGUUUUUUACAUUUCCUGCUUUGUUGUAAUGAUUUAGUUUUAACCUGGUUUUUUACUGACUCACCAGCAGGGGACACACAAGCUCUCCGCAGACCAGCUGACUUGCUAAGCUCCGCCCCCUUCGGUCACUGUUGCUAAGCUUCUCAAGCUCUGCACUCCAAAACUUCAUGCAUAAGCUGCUUCUCAAAGUCAAAGAAGGACCUUUCACAGAUGCAUUUCUUGAACCCCACAACAUUAAAUCUUGCUGAAGAAUUGUUUCAUGUCCCUUCAUUAAAUUUCAAGGUUGCUCAUGUGUAUCCUUGCCAAUCUAAAAGCACCCAUCCAAAUUCUUUUGUAAAUACCAAAAACGCCUCAGAUAGAACAUAGAUCUAUACUGACUAAUAUGAAUUUACAAGUUUUUGUUGCCACCUUAAAUAGCAGGGUGUAACAAAAUUACAGGUCAAUGACAUAUAAAAUAUAUCUUUAAAAACUGUUUCUAUUGGUAUCUAGUAGGUUUACUGAAAUAACUUUUGUUGAUUCUCUUUGAAUGAGCUAUUUAUAUCUACUUGACGUGGGUCCACAUACAUGGCAACUCCUAUUUGUCACCAUUUUUACAACGGUGUCUCUGAAUGGGCAACAACUCUGUGUGAAGUGAGAACCCUCUGAGCUUUACAAAUACAGGACCACAGAAGAAGACAGUACACAUUCACAAUUUUCAAGUAGUUGCUUGUAGUGUUGUUAUCACUGCACACGAGCCCACUGGAUCCAAUCACAGUUAAAAAAUAUGUUUAUGUCUGGAAGGAUUUUGGCCACUAACAGCCACCGUACACAACUGUAUUUGGCAUUUGAAAUGUUUUCUGUCUCUCUCUUUAGUUGUCAGAAAUACUUACACACGGUACCUUUAAAAUUGUUGACAUUUUAAUAUUUAAUAUCAAAGGACAGCCUGUUACCAACUACCAGCUAUUUAACCGCGAUGUCAGAUUUUUAGCUGCUGCGUGCAGACUCUAAAUUAUGCUGGGACCUUUGGUUAGGACUGUUUCAUCAUGUGUUUUCUGAGGAAAUAUCCAACUUGAAAAAAUGCCAUUCUAGCAGGAAACAUCCUUGACUUUGAGAAGCAUGUUUAGCUCUGCAGAAAGAAUGCAGAUAGUCAUCCCGCCCGACACAAGGCUGACAUGGAAGUGCCUUAAAGUGCAACACCACUGAUGGCUGCUAGGUGCUGCCUCCAAAACAUCUCUGGCUCUGACAGGCUCCCAUUUAAAAAGCAUCAAAUUCUCUUUCUUUUCUCUUUCUUACCACAAAUCAAGUUCGACUCAAUCCCUCUGAUUAAUGCACCAGUUUAUGUUACUUAGAUAUGUGUUUUGUAGAUAUUUUAUACUCAAAAAUACAUCCUUGCCACCCUGUUCUUUAUAUGGUCACUUCUGGCACCAGAUAGCCCACAAAUUGAUGGUUAAACACCCAAGUGGAGGCUUCAUAAACCAGUGGGUUAUGUCACACAGCCUGUUUAUACUCUAUUACUCCAAGCAUACAGUUAACAUGGCAACAGCAUCAGUUUCACCUUUUGAAAUUCAGUAAUUCAUUACCUGUGGGAGAUGUAGUUAUUUUCCUUGCCUUACAUCAGGCUCAUUACACUCUGUUUCCAGCUUUAGCCUAGCACUGCCUCCAUUCUUCCAGAUUUCUGCAGAGUACAGCAUCAUUUUUCCCUAACCAGUUACAAGAGAGUUAUUUAUCUGUUGCCAUAUCUUUGAGGUGUUAGGGAGGAGAAAACAAACAGAGCCAUUGCUGCUAAAUUAAGAUAUUCCUACUGAUGUGCACUGUUUGAAAAAGCUUAACAACAGCUUGACAAUCAUGCUAGUCCCACCUAUGUUGCUAAUGGUCUAGCUGUUAUUGUUCCUGCGGCACUCGUUGGACCUUAAUUUUUAAUCAGAGAAGCUGUUUCAAGUCACAAUGCCUGAAAGAUCAGUCAUCUCACUGGAGCAGAUGGAGUAGAUAAUCCGGACCUACAGUAGGCAAAUUAUGACUGAACUCAAAGCUUCUGUCUGAUUUUGCUAAGACAACACCAAUUAGUAGAAACUUAGAUAAAAAUAAUAAUAAAAGAAAACCCAUUCCUUUGGGCAUGUCCUCAGAAAUAUAUCUGAAUUAGACCUUGCAUUGCCUUUGCCAUUGUGUUUUGAAUUUUGUGAUGUUCAAAAACCACAAACUGAUUGGACAAUCACUAAAAGGGGCUGGUUUAGUGAAUGGUUAAAACUGUCAAGUGAUUUCUUUCUUUUUGUUUCUUACUACAGUCACAAUUCCAAGUAUUCAGACUUGAAGUCAAAAGUUUUUUUCAGAGGUUUCAUGCAUCUUAUUUUCUUCAGUGGAAGCUGUGAAAUGAUUUUCACACAAAUCCCUUUUGAUUUCCAUGACCAACUUUCAUUUGUUUUCCCACGAGCUUUUAUUAUCCUUUUUUGUUUUGGGUCUACUUUUUGGAAAUAUGUUCAAGCCUGAGACACAAACUUUUGAAUUUGAAUUCCUGUAAGAUAAGUCUCAGAGCUUCUUACGCUUUCACGUGGAAAUGGAAGAACAAAGUCGUGUGCUUUCUUAUGACAUCUGGGAUUUGGGAAUUUCUUCACACGUGUUUCGGAAACCUUUUGACAGUGCUAUUUUUCUAUGUAACUGUGUUGUUGAGAGUGAUGCAACUUUUUUCUGGAGGGCGUUUGAGGCCCCCCUGUCGAUGUGGUGGCAAUGACAGUAAAACGGCAUUGCGGGUUAUAAUGACAACAGUAAUAAUGAUAACAAUAAUGUACACAGCCUUGUUAUUUCUUCUUCAACUUUGUGGAUUCUCAGCUAACUUCUCCUUGUUGUGACUGUUAUGAACUACAAGUUCCAUGAACGCACCACUACCUGGACUUCUUACUAGUAUUGUGUGCUGUCCACAGGGAUGAUGGCAUAUGUGAUCUUUCUUUUCCCGCCAAACACCAAUAAAAGCUAAUCUUGAUUCACUGA